AAUAGUUUUACUAAGGUAGAGAACUUUGAAUAUUGAAAGGCUAUAGGAAGACAUUUUAAACAAAGUUGGAACUAUUUUGGGAACUGAAAAAUAUGUUUGAUGUCCAUUGUAUAUUUUAGAUUUCACCCUCUCUAUGCCUUUAAAUGGCCUAGAUUUUACCUACAACAUAUCCUUCCAUGCGAGUAGCCUACUCUCUUCUUCUUUACGUGUAGCUCACCCCGACGGUACUAUUAGGUAGCUGUGCAACAAAGGUUGUAUUGUGCCCACCAUGGUGGCUAUAUGAAAUCCACCCCAUCCAUCUAUUGUGCUACCUCAUUUUAGGAUUUUGUCCUAAAAGUGAGGUAGAUCUAAAACGUGAGCAGGCGUUGCUCUGGAAAAGGUGGGGUUGGGUCACCCACUGUUGAAAACCUCCCUUCCCUCGUCUGUAGCGUGUAGCUGCAGCCUUUCCCUCUGCCUCUCUCCUUUACCUUUUCUUCCCUACUAUCCCUCCAUGUACAUUGCACAUUGCAUACCCCUAGUUUUUAUGAAUGAUGUUUUUUUCCCUUAUAAAAAGGAAAAUACAUGCAUCAUGGGCAACAGAAAAAGAUUUGCCAUGUAAAGCGACCAUUUUGACUCUCCCCUCUUCUGCAAGGGAGUCCGCUAUGUCACUAGCCUUUUUGUAAUACAUAGCAAUGCAAAGCAUCUAUUCUUGACAGGAAGUUGCCAAUCUUGUUUUUCACAAAGAUGAUCUCCAUGGUUCAGAAUCAAUUGAACCUGAAUAUGUUGUAGGAGUCCUCUUACCAAAGUAUAUAAAAAAAAGUCAGCAAAGAUCCUCCAAUCUUCAAUAGGAGCCCGAGCUUCCACAUCAUUUUAGUUACCCGAUCCCACUUGACCAAAGAGGAUCAAGUUCAUCUCCCCCUUAUUCAUAGCUCAAUACGUCUCUAUUACGAGGUGGGCCUGGAUUUCAAACACUAAAUGGCCGAAAAUCACUGGCUACUACAUGAGGUCAAAUUCAUCUAAUGUUGUAAUAGAUAGAAGAGAAAUUUAUUUAUUUGAUCAUUGGUGGGGCCAUUUGGGAAUUGACGGCCAGGUAAGAGGGAGGUGACCCACAAAUCCACUAGCCCAUUCCGGUAAUAAAACCCUAAUGUGCAUAGAUUAUAAAAUAUGGAUUUUGUAUGUGUGUGAGUGACAUGCCUAAGCAUCAGAGGGGAUGGUUUGUUCAAUAGUACCAUUGGGAGCAAGCCAUGGGGCAAGAAUCACACUGAUCAUAUGAUCCUAACACUUCGAAUGGGGCCAGUUUGUUACAACUGUCCAUUUUUUACGAGCCAUAAAUCACAUGGUUAGAAUCAUUAAACCCAGCACUUCGGAAUCGUUAGUAAUACAAAGUGGUGAAUCUCACUGAUAUCUGACCGGGUGCAUCUUCCACUUGAUGGCUGAGAUACUCUGGCUCAGGUCAUCUUCCACUUGAUGGCUACGAUGCUCUUUCAUUCUUCACUUUCCACCAUCUCCUUCCAAUAUCUCGAGAAACUGGGAGUUCCCACACCUCAGAAUUCUUUUUGACUAAUGUCCAUUGGGUUAUGAUUUUUUUGUAGUACCUCUUAUUUUCUUUUGACAUUGAACAUUUUACCCUUCCUCUUUUUUUCUUUUUUUUUGGUUCCCAACAUUUUUACAGAAAGGCUAACAUUUUCUACAGAAUUCAAUCCCAUUCCAAACCGGGCCAAUGAAUAAAUGAUUUUGUGCGUUUGGGACCAUGGUGCAGUGAUUCAAACCUUUGAUCUGAUAGGCCCUGCAGCGGAUAGAUGAUUCCUAAAAAUAUCUCAGGCUGGAAAAUUAUUAAGCCUUUGAUUGUUGGACUAUUUUCCUAUGUUAGCCGAGUAUGCAUAUGGGUGUCAAGUAUAACAAGGAUCCGGUUCGGCAGAUCCUUAAAAUGCAAAUUCUCAGGAGACAAUCACAACAAAGAUUGGUAACUACUUACAAGUAUGACCAUGUUACAAGUAUCCGACUCCAUAACUGCUAUAGUUCUUUUUUUCUUUUUUCUUUUUUGUCAUUGAGUUUGGGCUGUUGUUUCAUCUUCGCCUUAACCGUCUAUGAGCAAGCCAGUGAUUGAAGGGUUGGGAACUCACAAUCCGGAAGAAUUCCUAGUCAUCCUUCAUCCAUUGCAGGUCCUAUCAGAUCAAGGAGUUCAUAAUGAUAAAAAUCACAGUCCUUGAUGUUCAGAAUCAUGUCUCAUCAAAAUCUAUAAUUCCUCGUCCUCUAGAGUCCUUGUCAACUCUUCAAACAAUUCCAUUAAACUCAUUUGAAUGUGAACUUACCAUUUUCAUGUGCUAGGAAGGAAGAAGGCAUGUCAGUCAAUCCAACUUUCAAUGUGUCAGUUAUAUUUGGUAAACGAGAUGAGCCGAUGCUGGUAGCAUGCGCACGCCAACUGAUCGAGCACAUAAGUAGCUGUGGUUCAUCUAGGCCGUUGGUGCUCUCUCUCGGUCUCAAGGACCACUCUCUGGAGAUGCUGAAAGGCAUUGUUUCUAUUGUCAUCGAGAAUCGCCUUUGGUAAGAUCUACAUCAUGGUCAUUUCGAUAAUUUUAGGAACUGAUUUUGUAGUUGGCCCGACUUCAUCGAAAUGCAAUCAGUGUCUUCAAUGUAGAGUUUUCAAACACUAAAAAUGGCCGAAAAUCACCUACUGCUACAUGAGGUCAAAUUCAUCUAAUGUUGUAAUGGAUAGAAGAGAAAUUUAUUUAUUUAUUUUAUCAA